GUGCGCUGUCCCCCCCAGUCGGAGAGCCUGCUUCAGAGUCUCGGGGUUUUCGGUGAGAAGAUUCUUCAGGCAAUCACAAUGUCAACCGACACAGACGUAUCACUCUCUUCGUAUGAUGAAGGCCAGGGCUCUAAGCUUGUGCGGAAAGCUAAAGAGGCACCAUUUGUCCCUAUUGGAAUAGCAGGGUUUGCAGCAAUUGUGGCAUAUGGCUUAUACAAGCUGAAGAAUAGAGGAAAUACAAAAAUGUCCAUCCACCUCAUCCACAUGCGAGUCGCAGCCCAAGGCUUCGUCGUGGGAGCCAUGACCCUUGGUAUGGGCUAUUCCAUGUAUAAGGAGUUCUGGGCCAAACCUAAACCUUAGAAGAAGUGAUGCUGUGUGAGUCCGUUGGAAGAGCUUCCUUUAAUUAGACAUCUCAUAUUGAGGUUUCCUGUUGCUGUUAGAAAUCAAUGAUUUGAGUGUAUUCAGGAGAUAACACAAUAUUAAUAAUGGACUUAAAAAAAUUCUUUUUCAGGCUUGAUUUUUCUGGUGACCAAUUUACUAGUUACCCAGAGGAAUCCCUUACCACCAAAAACAACAACAACAACAACAAUAGUGUCACCUAAAUACAAAUGUCCUCCUUUUUUGUGUGUGUGUGCAGGUACUGGGACUUGAACUCAGAGCCUCUUCCUAUCCCUUAGCUUUUUUGCUUGUUUGUUCAAGGUUGGUACUCUUAAGCCACACCUCCAUUUCUAGCUUUUUGCUAAUGAAUGGGGAGAUUAAACUCUUGGAUUUGCCUCCCCUGGGCUGGCUACAAGCUGUGAUCCUCGCGUCUCAGCCUCCUGAGUAGCUGGGAUUACAGGCGAGAGCCACUGUAUCUUCCCUCUUUCGGGGUGACAAAAUUGGCUUAAAGGUGACAGCUUCUGUCUGUAAGUGUUGUACUGCAGAAUAUGCCCUGUGCCUACGUAUUACAUAUUAACCCCGGUUAGCCCAAGUUACUUUACUUUAGUUCUACUGGACCAGUUUGAGAAGUCCAGUUUGUAGGGUUUGCUGACUCCUGAAAAACUCUUUUUCAACUAAGUGCAUGAAAUAUAAACUUCAACUCUUCCCAAGUGAAAGUUUUCUAUUGUGUGUGUGUGUUUUGUAUAUUUAAACCAAAGCCAAAAAACUUUUAUCAGCUGAUAGAGGAACGGUAUUUUGGGCUUACAUUUGUAAAUGUGAGAAGAACUUUAAUUAUAGAUCUCAGAUUUACUGUU